AGGGAAGCAGUUGGCAACUCUCUGAAGGACAGGGAGGCAGGGUUAACACUAUCUGUGGGUGCGCAGGCUCAAAAUAACUUAACGGAGAUGAGGGGUGUAGAUCAGAUUGAUCAGUCUUUCAAUCUGGAUUAAUUAAUCCGGAAUAAGUACCACCCCCUGAUCCCAUAAUCACACUCCCUGGUGCCUAUUAGAAUCCACAUUUCCGUGUUGUCUCCUUUUUAAAAACAAAAACAAGCCGGUGUCUUAACACUUCCCAGAUCUGUAGUAAGUUAAGCGAAAACAAGAAUGUACAUUUGAUCACAAGAAACAUCAUAAUUGCCUGUUUGCUGCUUUCUGGGCCACAUUCACAAAAUUUGCAAGUGACAGAUUCCAGGACUAAAAGGUGCUAUCAGCAUCCUUGUUAAACAAACAAAAAUUUGAAUUAUUACCUGGUCUUAACGCUUGAGAUAUUUUGGAGUGCUGGGAUCUAGCCUUGGGACGCGGGGAAAUAAUAAAAAGGCAGCGUGUGCUCUGAGCAUUGGCAGAGUGCCUUUCCCCUCAACCGUCAUUAGCCACAACCAGCUAUUGUACCCACAGAAGUUCAAACCUCCUAGCACAUUUGAGCAUGCGAGUGCCUUCCUGUAACCCCACAAAAUGGGGAUCUGUAGCUCACUGGCAGAGCAUUCGCUUCGCAUGGAGAAAGUCCAAGGUUCGAUCCCUGAUGUCUCCAGUUACAUAAUCAUAAUAAAUUUAAUAAUAACAGGAUGGUGGAUCGUGGCCAGUCAGAGGAGGCUAAACAUGAUAAAGUGGACAAAUAAGUUUCAUUCGGUAGGAGGCAGCUUCCUCAAAUAUAUUCUCAUACGCAAAAUCGCUAAUAUUUAUUCUGUAUUGACUAUUCUGUCAUCCCUUUCUUCAGUCAUUGACACAGAUAACAGCUGCCAUUUCAUAUAAAAGCACAUUGAAAAUAGUUUUUUUGGGGGGGUGUAUGUGAAGAAUACUGUUGUUUGAACCACCCCAGUUGUGCAAACGAAAAGAGGUUUGUGUUGCUAAAGGAAUCCCAGAGAGCCAUUUCUGUGUUUUCUUUCUGUUUGUCCUGGGCUGGGCCAGAUCAAAAGUCAUCGCCUCAGGCGGCAGAACCGGGACACAAUUUGAGGGCUUGUCUUUUUGGGGCAAUUUCCGUCCCAAAUGUACCCCUCAGCGGUAUAAUUUUAGCGGCUCGGCGGCAGGAACUAAGCGCCAUUUUGGAUCUGCCGGCCUGAAUCUUGCCAGGCCUGGGCGGGAGAGAAGCAGCUUAGCUGUUUUGCCUCAGGUGGCAAAAUAUCUGAGGCUGGCUCUGGACAUCGCACACAUCUUGGGAAGCGUUCCAAAAUUUAUGAAACGGAAACUUUACAACGGUCUGCCUCUGCGCCUGUUUGACUGCCCAGAUUUGUGGUUGGCUGGUCAGCUUUUGGCUCCCGUGGAGGGAGUUUAGAUGUAUUUGACUUGACCCACUUAUCCACCCAGAUGGGGUAGCUGUUCCUUAUGGGCAACGCAGAUGAGCAGCGCCCCCCGCUGCAGGAGGACUGAACUGCGGGGCUGAGCGAUGGCCAGUUUCCUCCAGCUCCUGCUGGCCUGGUUGGGAGGCUGCGGCUGUGCAGGCCGCCUCAUGCCGCCCAGCCAGGGUGCCAGAGCCGGGUCUCUGCGGGGGAACGUGUCUCAGCGCUGGGAGCGCCCACUGAUGAGGUCCCGUCGCAGCUGGGUCUGGAACCAGUUCUUCGUCAUCGAGGAGUACGCCGGACCGGAGCCCGUCCUCAUUGGGAGGCUUCACACCGAUGUGGACCGGGGCGAGGGCCGCAUCAAGUACGUCUUGACCGGAGAGGGGGCCGGCACGGUCUUCGUGAUCGACGAGAAAACGGGCAACAUCCACGUCACCAAAACCUUGGACCGGGAGGAGAAAUCCCAGUAUACGUUGCUGGCCCAGGCUGUGGACCGGGCCUCUAACCGGCCUCUGGAGCCACCGUCUGAGUUCAUCAUCAAAGUCCAAGACAUUAACGACAACCCGCCGGUCUUCCUCCAUGGCCCUUACCACGCUACUGUGCCCGAAAUGAGCAACGUGGGUACGUCCGUGAUUCAGGUGACGGCCCACGAUGCGGACGACCCUGCCUACGGGAACAGUGCCAGGCUGGUCUAUACGGUACUCGAGGGGUUGCCAUUCUUCUCCGUCGACCCCCAGACGGGUGUGAUCCGGACAGCGACCCCCAACAUGGACCGGGAAACCCAGCAAGAAUUCCUUGUCGUGGUUCAGGCCAAGGACAUGGGGGGGCACGCUGGGGGUCUCUCAGGAAGCACGACCGUCACUGUCACAUUGAGCGACGUCAACGAUAACCCGCCUCGCUUCCCUCAAAGCUCCUACCAGUUUUCCGUGGUAGAGACUGCACCUCCCGGCUCUGCCGUGGGGCGGUUGCGAGCGCACGACCCCGACGAAGGGGAGAAUGCUCUGCUGGCCUACAGCAUUCUGGACGGAGGCGACGGGGCCGAAGCCUUCGCUAUCCACACCGAUGCGCUGGGGCAGGAUGGGAUCAUCACAGUGAAAAAGCCCCUCGACUUCGAAUCGCGCCACUCGUACACCUUCCGUGUGGAAGCCACCAACACGCUCAUUGACCCCCAGUACAUCCGCAAAGGCCCCUUCAAGGACAUGGCCACCGUCCGCAUCACGGUGGAGGACGCCGACGAGCCCCCGGCCUUCUCCCGCUCCGACUACCACCUCGCCGUCUACGAGAACAGCCCCCCGGGGACCCUACUGGGCAAGGUGACAGCCGUGGACCUCGACUCCCCCAGCAGCGCCAUCCGAUACUCCAUCCUUCCGCACACGGACCCCGAGCGCUAUUUCAGCAUCAACCCUCAGGACGGGACGAUCCUGACCUCUGUGCCGCUCGACCGGGAGCUCUUGCCCUGGCAUAACAUGACCGUGGUGGCAACAGAACUUGACAGCCCCACACAGGCCUCCCACGUCCAAGUGGCCAUCCAGAUUCUGGACGUCAACGACAACCCGCCCCAGCUGGAGCACAGCUACGAGCCCUUUGUCUGUGACAAUGCCGCCCCCGGCCACUUGGUGCAGCUGAUCCGAGUGGUGGAUCGAGACGAGGACGGGAACGUGAGCCGCAUCAUAAUCCGCUCCCCGCUUGGGGCCAGGGACCCGAACGUCACUGUGCGAGACAACAAGGAUAACUCUGCCUCCUUGCUACUUCGUGCCGCCCGCCUGCCCACACAAGGCGGGUCCCUGCUGGUGCCGCUGGAACUGGUGGACGGGGGCUCUCCCACCCGCACAGGCUCCCCCACCCUGACCGUCAGCAUCUGCCGGUGUCGGCGCGAUGGGGCCAUGCACUCCUGCGGGGCCGAGGCCCUGGGCUCCCCGGCAGGCCUCAGCACGGGUGCCCUUCUAGCCAUCCUCGCCUGUGUGGGCACUUUGCUUGCCCUGGUGCUGCUGUUUGUCGCCCUCCGGAGGCAGAAGCAGGCGGCGCUGCUGCCUUUCGAAGAAGAGGACGUCCGCGAGAACAUCAUCACCUACGACGACGAGGGCGGGGGCGAAGAGGACACGGAGGCCUUCGACAUGGCCGCCCUGCAGAACCCCGACGCUGCCCCUCCGCCGCCUCAGCAGCGCCGCCUCUUCCGGCGGGACGUGCUUCCCCGCCUGCACUUCCCGCCCUCCUUGCCGGCCCGCCUGCCCCCGCAGCCCCACGACGUGGCCAGCUUCCUGGCGGCCCGCCUGAGCGAAGUGGACGCCGACCCCUCCGUCCCCCCCUACGACUCCAUCCAGGUGUACGGCUAUGAGGGACAGGGCUCCUCGGCCGGCUCCCUCAGCUCCCCGGGGUCCUCGUGCGCGGGCGACAGUGACGCCGGAGGGUAUGAGUACCUGGAAGAAUGGGGGCCACUCUUCCGAACACUGGCUGAGCUCUACGGCACCCCAGAAGGGCCACCUCCAACCUGAGGGACUUCGAACCGGGGAGGGGUCACAUCCACAGAACAGCGCGGCCCUCCAGUCCUCUCCGUCCCUGUCGUGUUGCUUGUUGCUUUCUCCCUUUUGGUUCGCUCUCGGUUUCAGCUUGUCGUCUAGACAUCUCCUGUCUUUGUUUGCGUCGCCUCCCUGUAGGCCGGGGCGGCUGGUCUGUGGCCUUCCAGAUGUUUCUGAGUCACAUCAGUCCCACCCGGCAUGGCCGGCGGUCAGGGAUGAUGGGGGGGGGCUGUGGUUGUGCAACAUCUGCAGGGCCACAGGUUAGCCACCCCAAUUAUUCUUUGAGUGCAUCUUUCAUUCUCUCGCGGUUUUCCCGCUCCCCAAAUCUUUCAUGUUUAAAUUACUUUGAUUUUAUUUCGGAUUCUUCUUUUCCCUUCUUCAGCUACUUUGCACUUCCAGCUUCCACCAUUCCUUACUCUGUUCCUUUAGACGUCCUCGAUUCCCUUUCCAUUAUGCUACUUUGUCAUUUGUUCAGCCUUUAAACAAAAAUGUUAUGGGUUGCUUUGGGUUGGUUUUGUUUUGGUCCCCUCUGUAAUUCACAUUGUUUUCUCUUCAUUUUGCUGUUACCUGUGCCGUGUUUAUUCUGUUUUUGGUUUCCGUUCUUUUCUUUCCCCCUUCUCCUGUACAAAAUAACUCUAUGCAUUCAUUUUCUCCCAGAAUCCUUUGGUACCAAACUCCCUCCCUACCUGGACCCUAACAAUCCAGUCUUGCCAGCAUGGAUUUACCUCUCAUUCAACUUGCAGCCCCCCCAGCCAGGGCAGGGCUUCUGACCUCACCACCAGCACCCCUGCAUGGGCUCCCAGGAAAAGGCGUGGAGAUCGCAGCGAGGGCGGAGGACGAGAUCUGGCCUCUGACCUCUGGACAAAGCCCUCCUUUCCUGAUACCACAAAGGGACUUUCUAUAGCCAGGACAAUUUUAUUCUAGGGAGCUAAGGCAUAAUCGGUGUUGGGUGGGGGACAUCCAUGUUAUAAUUUCGUAAUAAACAAUUUAUUUUCUAAAAAAAAGACCACUGUGGAUUUUCAGUUGUGCGU